GCUGCCUUUGAACAAAUUUCCCAACAACCACCGAGUUGACUCACCUUCCAACCCCAAAAAGUGAACAUUAAAACAAGAUUUUGACUCACCCAACUCGUUUCUUCGCUCAGCCGCCUUCUCUGUUCUUCCAAAUUCGCCAUUCUUUCGGUGAUUUGUGGUGGCUAAGUUGGUUGGUGGAGCCUAUAAUCCAAACCCAUUUCUUCCACCAACUCUUUUUCAAACCUACCUACCCGCCGCUGCACCACUUGGACGGGCUUCGAGCCAUUUAUAUGUUAGAGAGAGAGUAAAGAGAGGCGACUAGAGAGCGAGGGAAAUGGCCCAAGUGAGCAAAAUCUGCAGCGGCGUUCGGACUCCUCAGUUUCUUCAUGAAAUCCCCAAAUCUCAAAAGCCCAACUCCGUGAAUUUGUUCUCUGUGAGAUCACCAUUUGUAGGUGCUUCGAGUUUUCGGGGGUUGAAAUAUGGCGAUGAAAUGAGGCGGAGUUCUGCCGGUGGUAGAGUUAGCGCCAUUGUUCCUCUUAGGGUUUCGGCUUCCGCCGCCACGACGGAGAAGCCACCGACGGUGCCGGAGAUUGUGUUGCAACCUAUUAAGGAGAUCUCUGGUACCAUUCAUUUGCCUGGUUCUAAAUCUCUUUCUAAUCGAAUUUUGCUGCUCGCUGCUCUCUCCGAGGGAACAACAGUGGUAGAUAAUUUGUUGAGCAGUGAUGAUAUCCACUAUAUGCUCGGUGCAUUGAAAACACUUGGGCUCGACGUUGAAGAGGAUGGCGAAAACAAACGAGCCAUUGUUGGAGGCUCUGGUGGUCUCUUCCCAGUGGCCAGAGAAUCAAGGGAUGAAGAAGUUCAACUUUUCCUCGGAAAUGCUGGAACAGCGAUGCGUCCUCUGGCAGCUGCUGUUACUGCUGCGGGUGGAAAUUUAAGAUAUGUUCUUGAUGGAGUACCUCGAAUGAGAGAGAGACCCAUUGGCGAUCUGGUUGAUGGUCUCAAGCAGCUUGGUGCAGACGUCGAUUGUUUUCUAGGCACUAAAUGCCCUCCGGUUCGUGUAGUUGGAAAAGGAGGACUUCCAGGGGGGAAGGUAAAACUUUCUGGUUCCAUUAGCAGUCAAUACUUAACUGCUUUGCUGAUGGCAGCCCCUCUGGCUUUAGGAGACGUUGAAGUCGAGAUAAUUGAUAAAUUGAUUUCUGUACCUUAUGUCGAGAUGACCUUGAAACUGAUGGAACGUUUUGGGGUCUCUGUGGAACACAAUGAUAGCUGGGAUCGGUUCUUGGUGCGUGGCGGUCAAAAAUACAAGUCUCCUGGACAUGCUUACGUCGAAGGCGACGCUUCAAGUGCAAGUUACUUCCUUGCUGGUGCAGCUGUCACUGGUGGGACUGUUACUGUGGAAGGUUGUGGUACCAGUAGUUUACAGGGAGAUGUAAAGUUUGCUGAAGUACUCGAGAAGAUGGGAUGUAAAGUAACGUGGACGGAGAACAGUGUCACCGUCACUGGACCGCCUCGAGACUCUCCGAGUAGCAAACAUUUGAAAGCGAUUGAUGUCAACAUGAACAAAAUGCCCGAUGUUGCUAUGACACUCGCUGUGGUUGCACUAUAUGCUGAUGGUCCAACUGCCAUUAGAGAUGUUGCAAGUUGGAGAGUAAAGGAGACCGAACGGAUGAUUGCCAUUUGCACAGAGCUCCGAAAGCUUGGAGCUACAGUCGAAGAAGGUCCAGAUUACUGUAUAAUCACUCCACCAGAGAAACUAAACGUCGCAGCCAUAGACACAUACGACGAUCACAGAAUGGCCAUGGCAUUCUCUCUCGCUGCCUGUAAAGAUGUUCCAGUUACCAUUAAGGAUCCUGGUUGCACCCGAAAAACGUUCCCCGACUACUUCGACGUGCUUCAAAAGUUCGUCAAGAACUGAACAAUUCAAGAAAGAAAGAUCAAGAGAGAGGUAACAUCUUGAGAGCUUUUAAUAUGGUUGGUAGGAAGGCUGAAUAUGGAACUUUGAGGCAGUUAAUUCACUUUGUACUUAUUCUCCACUUUUGUUUCUAAUAAGAGUUAUCUAUAUUGACAUCA